AUGGCCAAUGCACAGAUACAGUUGCAGCAAAGAAUGCCUUUAGAGCUGUGUUUCCAGCAGUUUCUGUCAAGUCAUGUUUUUUUCACUAUACAGUGUGUUUGGAGGAAAACACAGUCUUGUGGUCUUGCUACCAGAUAUAGCAAUGAUGAUGAUGUAAAGACACUUGUCCGUAGACCAGCAGUGCUUCCUUUAGUACCAGUGGGUCGGGUUGAGGACGUUUGGUUCAACGCACUUGAGGAUAGUGAGGACCAUACUCCAGAGAUGACCAGAUUUAAAGAUUAUAUAACAGAAACAUGGGUCGAAAGCCAUGACAAGGAGACAUGGAAUCAUUUUGAAAAUGCUGGACCAAGGACUAAAAACCACGUCGAAGGAUGGCAUAGUAAAGUGAACCGUCUCUGUAGUAGUGCCCAUCCAAACAUCUAUAGCAUUAUUAAACUAAUCAAAUCCAUUCAGGCAACUAAUGAGUCUAAGAUCAUCCAGCUGGAAGCAGGAGCAAGACCAAGGAGGAAAAAGGCCAAGUAUCAGCGCAUUGAUGCUAGAUUGCGCAUCCUGAAGGACAGGUUCAGGAAUGGUGAACUUGACGUUUACGCAUAUGCUGACGCAGCAUCUCACUUAAUUUAUCUGAAUGAGUAAACCCCAACUACAUAUUCGAAUGGAAAAUGUGAACUGUAUAAUAUAAACAGUUUGCUAUCUCAUUUAUAAAUGCUAUAUAUGUAUUAUGUUGAGUUACCUUAGUGAUAUGAAUUAAAUAAUUAUGUUUUACAUACAUUUUGUUUAUGAAUUUAUCAUUUUGAUAGAUA